GUGCAGUAGAGAAUAGAGAGAGAGGAGGUAUAGCCCCAGCCGGGAGGGCUACGAGCUAGACGAGUCAGCCAAGCUUUAGAAGGGGUUCAGUGGGAAAAUGGCGGUCCUGGCGGACGGAGUUCAGUAUGGCCUCUCUGCGCACGGCCUUUCCAGCGAGAACAAAUCGCUGGUUUUCGUGAAGCUAACCGAUUCGUCGUUCAAAGCCAUUGAGGAAUAUCUAAGGAUUAAGCUGAAGACGGCACAACAUCCCACUGUACAAUUUCUCGGCAAUGAAGGGCGGCUGUGGUUUCCGAGCGCGGAGGAGGGUCGCGGCUCGGCGUUCAGUUUCAACCUGUCGUCGUCGUCCGUUGCGGGCGGUCCCCAAGGCAGUUUCGAGUGCGUCCAACAAUGCGGCUCCCGGUCGCUGGAAUCGCUCGGCGUCAUGGGUCUCAAGAUGAACAUCAAAGCCAAAGAUGACGUCUAUGAAGCCACUCGGCAACGAAUGGCUGUCGCCGAAGAAGAGAGCAAGAAAAAUUGCACUCGUGUGAUAAAACUCGCCUGUGGCCCUGAUAUUGGUCGCGUAGUCAAAAUCAGGAAGCAAGCCGCUGCCGUCUUUCCGCCGCGGAGAGAUCGCGGUGAUACGUCACCGCCCACCUCCGCAGCACAGCCGACGUCACAGCAUCAUCACCACCGGGGUGGAUCGUCUUCAUUGUCGUCAUCGUCGACGACUUCUUUAACUUCGUCCUCGUCCUUAUCUUCCCUUUACCCGUCGUCCACUCAUCACAACAGUAGCCAUGUACAGCAGUCGCAACAAAACGGAAGCAAUGCCGGUGGUGGAGGUGGCUUAAUUGGACGGAGUAGUACGUCAUCACCGUCGCUGGGCGGCCAAAGGACAACCAGCAAUGCCAUUAGUCCCCUGCCGAGAUCCGCCGCCUCGCCAUCCUACCCCACUGCCUCCUCCAUUUCGUCCAACCCGUCAAUGACAUUGUCAUCUUCCACGUUGAAAGACGGAUACUCCAAUGGUGGUUCGGGUUCUAUGGCGGAAGCCAAUCCGGAAUUGAUGAGGCGGCCGCUUCGAGAGAGAAUCAUUCACCUUUUAGCCAUUCGAUCUUACAAGAAACCGGAGCUCGUUAAUCGAUUACACAGAGAGGGUCUCAAGGAAAAGGACAAAAAGCUGAUUAUGAACGUCUUGUCUGCCAUCGGCUUGAUGAAGGAUCAAGCCUACCACCUGGCGCGUCAUAUCUGGAACGACGUACACGACGACUGGCCUUUUUACACGGACCAGGAGAGGCAGAUCCUCAAAAGACGGAAACCGCAAAACUUGACGCCACCAGUGAGUGAUUCGAGUAGCGGAAGUGGUCAUUCACCGCCAUCCAGCAGCUUGCAUUCGAAUGGGUCUCCGGUUGGAUCGUCGUCAUCAACGUCGGCUAUUCACAAAACAAGUGCCAGUCCAAGUCCAAGUGGUGGUGGUGGUGGUGGAGGUAGUGGUGGUGGAGGUAGCGGUGUCGUUGAAAAACGAGAGAGAGGUGAAAAACGGCCAAGUCAGCAAGUGUUGGCCGGACUCGAUCCGCUAGACGCGGCCGCCGUCGAAGCGGCCGCCAAUGCAGCCAAGAAGCAGAGGAUCUCGCUGUACAAGAAACCCGAUUCGAGUCAAUCGACGCAUCAUCACUCGUCCGUGCCCGAUUCACGGAACGCUCAACAACAGAUGGCACCCGCUAGGUCUAGUUCGUCUCUUAAAGUGCGUCCGUCUCCGCCCAGCCAUCACCAACAGCAGCAGCAACAACAACAACACUAUCAUAAUAACAACAAGGACAACCAUCACCACCAGCAGCAGCAGCAGCAGCAGCCACCGCAGCUGCCGCCAGCUCAGCAACAACAUUACAACAACAACAACCACCAGCAUCAGCACAACCACCAUCGAUCGGAGAAUCAAAACCAUUAUCGACCUGGAAGCCUUAAGUUGUCGACUUCGUCGUCGACUCAACCGACGACGGUCGUGUCGACGCGGGUCACGUCGUCCACCGAUGGGCCCGACACGCCCAACUCGAGUCCGGACAGCAUGUCGGCCGAGCACAUGACGGACACGACGGACGUUGUGGCUCUUUCGGCUUCGACGACGGAACCGGAACCCGAGCCUUACACGCUCCAGUACCGCACGAUUGUGUCUGGCGAGCAGCGCAGCCGUUACAAGGAGGAUUUCAAUUCGCAGUACAACGAGUACCGCAACCUGCACAAGGCCAUCGAUAAAGUCUCGAAACGUUUCUCUCACCUGGAGGAGGAGCUCAGACAACAGCACGAAGGCACGACAGCUUGGCAGCGCAUCAAAAGUCAAAUCGUCCGUGAGUACAGGGAGAAUUUGCGGGACGCCAAGUAUCGGGAGGCGAAGCGACGGUUCCAGCACCUGCACGAAAAGUUGGCCCACAUUAAGCGGCUCGUGUUGGAGUGGGACACGACCCAGACCUGCCGUUCUUGACCCCCCUAGUUUUGUGUCGAUCGUCCUCUUUAUCUCUAUUUUGAUGGUGGCGAUUUAGUCAAUCCCGCUCCUCUACCGCCCUCUCCACUCCCCUUUCCUCUGAUUAUGAUUCCAAACGAAAAUUCUCUCUCUUUUUUAUUUGAUUUUUUCAUCCUCCUCCUCCUCCUCCCCCUCCACCCUACUCUCUUUUUAUUUUUUUCCUCGCCCAAAUUCUUUUUAAAAAAGAAUUGUUUCCUCCCCCGCUCUCGCUCUUACACAAUCUCUCUCAAAAGGCCGUGGCUCAACAGAUUGUCGGUAAAGAAAGAAGUUUGUUCAUAUUUAAGUAAAGACAAGAAACGUGCACACACACACACAUACACGUACACACAUAAUAGGAAAAACAACAAAACCAUUAAAAAAAAAAUAAUAAUUUAGCUAAAAAAUUUUUUUGUUUGCUCACUUGUAAAUCAUCCCGUGUGUGUGAUGGUGGAGCCCUUAUUAUUAUUAUUUUUUUUUUUUUCUCUUUGUUGUUUUCGUGGUUUUGCGAAAAGAGGUGGGGGAUAAUGCGGUGCACUCUGUCGCAAACUGCGACGGAUUCACUAUUUAAAAAACAAUGAGGAGAGAGAAAAUCCGAAAAAAAAAAAGAACAUCUCUAAUCAUCACGUCAACCGCGAAUAUCGAUAGCGUAAUAUCCAGGAUGUAAGGAAAAAAGGGAUAGGUUUGUGUGUGUGUGUGUGUGUGUGUGUGUAUUUGUUCGUUAAUAUUUUUUUUCUCCCUAUCUGCGAAAGAUAAAAGUGAGCGCGUUUGUUGUGUAUGUAGCUUAGAAUUGAGUAGCCAUUUAAAUUGUUGGCUGCAUAUUGUUGAUAUCACAUCCCCCCACCCCCAUAUAAUAGCUUGAUUUUUUUUUCUUUUUCAUUUUCUCUCCCUGAUAUUCUUCUGAUUAAUUUCUAGGGGAGGUUGUUGUCGGGGUAGUACGUACAGUACCUUAUAUUAUUUUCCAAACGAUAUGAAGAAAAUUCCUCGCAAUUGGAUGGAAUUAUUUCUUUUUUGAAUUGAAGCUUCUUUCAUUUUUCUUUUUGCUCGCUGUGUCCAGAAGUCGAUAUAGAUGAGGCGAUCGCCAUUUUUUUUUCUAUCUUUUUAUUUUUAUUUUUUUUUUUUCCUCCUUUAAUUAUUUUUUUCUUCAUCGACAGCAAAAACAGAAACUGAGGGGAAAUACUGUCGUUCCCUCCUGAUGGUUCCCUUCGAAAUAUUAUUAUUAUUUCUCCUUUUGUCCUAAACACACAGCCAGACACACACCUUUACGGGGGGGACGUACUUUUGUUUGGGUUUUCAUUUUUUUUUAAAUUUUUUUUUGGCUUUCACGUCGCGUUUACUUUUGUCUUUCAUUCGCGCACUACAAAACCUUCCACCAAAAUUUGGUCAAGUCGCCCUCUCCGCCCUCUUUUCUUCUACUUUGGUUCUGGACCUCUUCUCAUUUCCUGCCCUCCCAAAAGCCCUCUUUAGGUCUAGCCAUAUAUAAUUCCAAUUUCGACGUGCCCCCCCCCCCUCCCUCCUCCCCUUUUCUUGCCAGGUGAUAUAUAGACAUAGCCUCCCCUCCCUCCCUUUUGUUUUGUUUUUUUUUUUUUUUUCGUUCAAGAGAGACUUACUUGCAACGCAACUACUACCAUCUAUUUCUACGACUCUCCCCCACCAAAACGAUUCCGACAUCAUCCAUUCGGAUGGCUAUUUAAACAGAAAAAAAAAGCGGGAAUUUCUGAAUUUUUCUUUCAAUUUUGUUUUGUUGUUCUCUCUAUUUGAAGAGAGAAGUACAACAACAAAAAAACAUUUUGGGGGGGAAACGAAGAAAAAAGUCCGUUUUGGGAUUUAGUUUAAAAGACAAGAGAUCACUUAUUAUUAUAUACAGAUUAUCUGGGUAUUCCCUUUUUUUUUUGUGUCUGGGACGGGUUUUUUUUUUUUUUCUUUCCUUUUCUUUCUUUUUUCUUUUUGAAGUCUUUCUCUCCCGUUGUUUGCUUGUUUUCUUCUCUGCCGGAAUCAAUAAAGAUACCCGGAAGAUGAUGCAAAAAAAAAAAAAAAAUAAAAUAUGUAAGGGAGGAGGUCUGUCGAAUGCGGGCAAAAUAUGAAGAAAAAAAAAAUGCAUGCCUAGAAAAUCUUAUCACUUUAAUCCGCCGCCGGAUGUUAAAUGAUGUGGCCUUGUUCGAUCGGAUUUAUAUUCGCGCCCUUAUUAUUAUUUUUUUUUUCUCUUCUGUUUCCACGAGAAAGUUUCUAGACCAUAAUGGAGGCCGGUGUGUGACGAAUUCUUUCCGACAAAAAUCGGGUAGAGGAGGAAAAAAAACGAAUAAAACCCAAAAGUUUUCUCCCAUUCUCUCUCGCUUAUUGUCUUUUUCGAGGCUGCUAAGUCAGCAGGGAGAAGAAGGGAAAAACAAAAAUGGAUAAUUAAAAAACGAUUAUUUUCUCUCGUCGGCUGAUGUUUAUUUCUGUCAUUUUCUCCCUCCGCGAUUCUCUUUCGACUGACUACUACUACACAACAACAUACUUUUUUUUUUUCUGUCUCUCCUCCCGGAAGCCUGUUAUCUAUAUCAUUGAAUGUAUACAUUUUUACACAAAAAAAAAACUGUGGUGGUGAAUUGAUUGCUGAGAUUUUUGUUCCACUUGUGUGUGUGCGUAUAAAAAUGGUUCAGAAAGCCAAAAAAAAAAAAAAAUAAAAAAAAAAUAAUACAAGAGCAUCUAAAAAUG